UUUUUUUUUUUUUUCAUAGAAAAGAAAAAAAAAAACUCCUCUUCCCCUCCCUCGUAGGCUCCUACUAUAUUAGCACCAAAGCCACAACUUCGUUCCCCCCUUCCUUCGAUAUAUUAGUUAUAGUUAUAAACCGCGCCAACAUUCGCUAGCUAUUAUUCCCUCUUACCUCUACACUCUUCUAGAAACACCUCGCGCGCGGCUCUCCAUGGCGAUCAGGAACGGGACUCGCCUUCCCCAUCACCUCCUCUUCCUCCUCCCGCUGCUUCUCGUCGUGGGGUCGAGGCGCGCCAUGGCCCAACCCUCGCCCCCCUCCACCGACGCCAUGAACGACUACUUCCCCCCCGCGAGCUUCAACCCCUCCGUCGCCAUCCUCAUCGUCGUCCUCGUCUCCGCCUUCUUCUUCCUCGGCUUCUUCUCCAUCUACAUCCGCCGGUGCGGCGGCGACCCCUUCGGCCCGGGCGGCGGCGGCGUCUCCCUCCGCGCAGGCGUCAGCGCCCUCGGCGGGGUGAUGGCGCGGUCGCGGCGCCCAGCGGGUCGACCCGCCGUGCUCGAGACGUUCCCGACGCUGGCGUUCGCGGAGGUGAAGGAGCUGCGGAUCGGGAAGGGGUCGCUGGAGUGCGCGGUGUGCCUCAGCGAGUUCGAGGACGACGAGACCCUCCGCCUCCUCCCCACCUGCAGCCACGCCUUCCACCCGGACUGCAUCGACGCCUGGCUCGCCUCCCACGUCACCUGCCCCGUCUGCCGCUGCAACCUCGUCGGAGCGGAGGAUGCCGCGGAGCCGACCCCCCUCGCGCGCGAAGGAGAAGGGGAGGUGGUGAUCGACGUUGCGGACGAGGAGCGGGAGGAGGAGCGGCGGAAGCAGGAGGCGAUCGAGCUGCAGCGGAUCGGGAGCCAGAGGCAGGCGAUGCGGGCGAGGUCGGGGCGGCGCCCCGCGCGGUUCCCGCGCUCGCACUCGACCGGACACUCCCUGACGACGACGACGACGACGACGACGACGGCGCCGGCGCCGGCGAUGGUGGCGGCGCCGGAGGCGGAGGGGAACCCCGAUCGGUACACGCUCCGGCUCCCGGAGCACGUACGGCGGGAGAUCGUCGCCGCGGGGAGGCUGAAGCGGACGCGGAGCCUCCUCGCGUUCCCGAGCGGCGGAGAGGAGAGCUCGCGGCGGGGCUACCGCGGCGGCGGCGGCGGCGGAGAGGGGAGCAGCCGCGGGGGGAGGAGCGUCCGCCUCGGAAGAUCGGAGCGGUGGCCUAACUUCUUCACGCGGACGUUCUCCGCUAGGGUUCCGGCCUGGGCAUCGGGGAGGAGAUCGGUAGAGGGCUCGGUGAAGAAGGGGGAGGGGGAUGGCUCGACGAGGGGCAAGCUCGCCGCCGCCGUCGCUCCCUUCGAUUGCUUUGUCGUCCACGGCGGCGCUCGCGCGGCGAGUGUGAUCGCGUGGACACACCAUUUUCUUUUCCUUUUUUUUCUUUUUUUCUUAUUUAUUUUUUCAGAUUUUUUUGUGGUCAAUUCUCAAACUAUGACACACGCACAGUACAACGAAACUGGGGUGAUCGAUAGGAUGACGUGGCGAUGCGGGGACCGCUAGUUUCCGUGUCGCCAAAGUCAUGAGCCGUCGUUUUUGAGAGCUGUAUAGAAGACUCGUAAAGUAAGAAAGUUGCUUUUAAUCGGUUAAAA